AUGCCACUAAUCCUUGUGUCAACCCACAUAACUUCAAUUACCUCCUUAGAGAAUGUCCCUCCCAGGCGCUUCUCCAACAAGCACAAGGCUUCCUCGUGCGACGCCCAAUCCCCUGCCUGCGUAGCCAAGGGCGGCCACUGCUGCUAUUCGUGUACACCAGAAGAGGAUCUAAUCCCUAAUCUCUGCACCCCUGGAAACUGUUCCUGCUGUGUUCAUAAAACAUCAGGGCCCUCGUGCAGCAUCCUUACUAACGAGUGUAGAGCCUUCGGGGGCCGCUGCAGCGCCACAUGCAGCACAGACGAGGAUCACUAUCAGGAUAUCUGCUCCUCUAGAGAAUGCUUCUGCUGCAUUAACAAGCCAACGUGCCAGAGCCAGACGUAUGAGUGCCGGGUCAGAGGAGGACGGUGCAGCGCCACCUGCGGCAGAGACGAGGACCCACACCUCGGCCUCUGCACCAGCAGAACCUGCUUCUGCUGUGUUAAAAUUUCGCCAACUUCCUGCGAACAACAAUCCGAUUGUACCAUGAUAAAAGGCAAGUGUAAGACCCAAUGUACAGCUCCAGAUAUCUCCUACCCUGAUCUGUGUUUGGGCAACCCGUGUACCUGUUGCUCCUCCUUGGUGAAGCCCAGCAGCCCUGAGUCCUGCUCAAGGGCCGAGGGCUACUGCAUUCCUUCUUCUCAACUCUGCUGGGGCGUCUUCUGGGGCUCCUGUGGCUCCAGCCAGCAACUCUGCUGCGUCGAUUAGGAACAAGUAACACCGACUGAACUUGGAACAUUUAUGAGUCCUUUUUUCGGCCCAUUUUAGGUAAUGCAACUCUGAGUAUUUGCCAAAGUCCCUUUGAGUGUUAUCGGCAUAUUUAUUAUUUUAUUUAUAUGUAACAAUAAAGGUCCUUAGACAAUCAUGAUCAGUUCCAAUCAAGCUUGCAUUACCAACAGUGUAACAACUGCUUCUACGUUCUGAAUAUAACAUUUGAUAUCAUAAUCUGUAACAAUGUCAACUGUUUUAAAUGUUUCUUAAUACGCUACUGUUAUCUAGCGAAUUAUUAAAGGUUUGAUAACGGCUGAAUAAUAACUUCCAUACAAUCGUUUAGGGCCAAUGAAGAUACUCCACAUUGGCAUAGGGACUUGUCUGUCAUAAAUAUUUAUACCUGUUUCCAAGCUUCUUUAUUUAUACUUUCUCAUAUAUAUCUAUUUAUCUGUUUUGGAUUAUUAUUAUUGAUCAAUCUUUAAUCAUUGAUAUGGAACAUUGUGUCUGAUCUUUAAACGAAUUGGAUAAUAUAUAUAUAUAUAUAUAUAUAUAUUAUAUAGGGACCCAUAUACAGGUAUAUCUUUCUGAAUGU